AUGCCUAGAAAGAAAAUCGUUAGAACUCCAGAAGAACAAGAAGCGUUUCUACAAAAUCAGCGACGUCAAAGAGCAGAACGUCAGCGUAUCAGGCGACAACAAAUGCGACAAAAUGUUAAUGACAGCAAUAGACUUAACCAACACUCUGUUGAAAAUAAUAUAAAUACUCAAAGUUCCAUUACUCUAGAUUAUUUAAGUAAAUUAGAUGUUGCUUGUAAACAUUGUCAUGCUUUACAUUUUAAAGAUGAGAUGGUGCAAGAUAAAGGAUUAUCAUUUAAUGAUUGUUGUGGUCAUGGAGCAGUACUUUUAGAUCCUUUAUUACAAUUUCCAAAAGAUCUUGAAACGUUGUUAAAAGGAGAGCACCGCUUAUCUGUUCUUUUUUUCGACCAUAUAAGAGCUUAUAACAAUUCGUUAUCUUUUGCUUCCUUUAAUGCAAAUUUAGUCAAUUUUCAAUCCCGCAGACUAGGUCCAUAUUGCUUCAAAAUUCAAGGCCAAGUUUAUUAUCAAAUAAAUACAUCUCUAUACCCAUGUAACAAUGAAACACCAUCUUAUGGACAAUUAUUCAUCAUUGAUCAAGACGAGGCUGUAAAUUAUAGAAUGAACACUUUUUCGGCUUUAAAUCAGGAUAUUAACUUAAUGUUAGACACUAUAAUACGUGAGAAUAAUAUUUUUGCACAAUCAUAUAACAUGAUGAGACAAGAGAUAGAAAUUCAACAAGCGUUGUUUAACGAGACACAUCAGCCACAACCAGCAUUACAAUUGUUAUUUUCUUUGAAACCUGGUCAAGACGUUCGAAGAUAUAAUAUUCAAAGAGCAAAUGAAGUUGCUGCAAUAUUUUCUACAACAGCGGAUGGCGAAAUUCCAGAAUCAUACGUUUCAAUUAGAAACAAAAAUAUGAAAUCUUUACAGUUCGUUAGUACAAUGGAUCCUAAUGUAGAACCAUGGGUAUAUCCUUUAUUUUAUCCAUAUGGUUCUUCCGGUUGGCAUAGAAAUUUAAUGCGACAAAAUAGUAAUCGACGUGUUACACGUACAGCAUACCACCGAUUUCAUAUGGCAAUAAGGGAAAACGAAUUUAAUCCAUUCAUUUUAGGACGUAGAUUAUUUCAACAAUGGGUUGUAGAUAGUUACGUAAAAAUUGAAAAAGAUCGCAUUCAGUACCACAAAGAUCAUCAAAAAGAAAUACGAGCUGACACAUAUCAAGGUUUAAAGGAUUAUGUUCAAAAAUCUGCAGAUGCUGCGAAUGGUCAAGUAGGUAAAACUGUUAUUCUUCCAUCAACAUUCCUUAGAUCACCACGUUAUAUGCAACAAUGUUAUCAAGAUGCUAUGGCCAUAGUCAAUGAAAAAGGAAAACCUGAUAUUUUUCUUACUACGACAUGUAAUCCAAAUUGGAAAGAAAUAAAAGAAAAUCUUUUACCUGGUCAACAAGCAUGUGACAGACCUGACCUUGUUGCAAGAGUAUUUCAUUUGAAAAAAAAUCGCUUAAUUGAAUUAGUUACAAAAAAAAAAUUAUUUGGUGAAGUUGCAUCCUGGGUUUACGUUGUUGAAUUUCAGAAAAGAGGUUUACCGCAUAUGCAUUUAUUAAUAACAUUAGCAGCAGGACAUAAAUGGUUUACUGCAGAAAUUAUAGACAAGUUUAUAUCAGCUGAAAUUCCAGAUAAGAUAAAAUAUCCACGAUUGCAUGAUAUUGUAAUUAAUCAUAUGAUACAUGGUCCCUGCGGAGAUUGGUGUGUAAAAGAUGGUAAAUGUUCAAAACAUUUUCCAAAACCAUUUCAAAGCGAAACUAAUAUGGAUGAAAAUGGCUUUCCAGACUAUCGAAGACGAAAUGAUGGUAUAACAUAUGAAAAAACAAAUAAUCAUAUUGUUGACAAUAGUUGGGUCGUACCAUACUGUGCAAUAUUAUUAGAAAUGUUUGACUGUCAUAUUAAUGUUGAAGCUGUAUCAAGUAUUUCAGCUGUAAAAUAUUUAUACAAAUAUAUUUACAAAGGCCAUGAUGCAGCAACAGUUAUUAUUCAAGAUUCUCAAAAUGGAAUAGUAAUAGAACAUGAUGAAAUAUGUCAAUGUCUUGAUGCACGCUAUGUCGGUCCAGUUGAAGCUUGCUAUCGUAUAUUAAGUAAACUUUUACAAGAUAAAAGUCAUACAGUUAUUCGAUUACCGGUACAUUUGGCGAAUGAACAAAAUAUUAUAUUCUCGGAAUCAUGCGAUGAAUUAAAUUUAGAAGAUUACGCUAACGUGAGUAGUAUGUUAAUGGAUUACUUCAAAUUAAAUCAAGACAGUGAAAUUGCAAGACAAUAUUAUUAUACUCAAAUCCCGGGUUUUUUCGUUUACGAAAAAAAAAAAGUUAAUGGAAUUUAUGAAUCAAAAUGGAAAACUAGACAAAACCAUUUUAAUACUAUUGGUAGAAUGUUCUCUGUUAGCCCAGCACAACUUGAAUUAUUUCAAUUAAGAUUAUUAUUAUUACAUAUCAAAGGAGCUACGAGUUUUCAAUACUUGAGAACAGUGAACAACAUUAUAUACCCAACAUUCACAGCAGCUUGUUUAGCUUUAGGUCUGAUCGAAAAUGAUAAUGAAUGGGAUAUAGCUUUGAGUGAGGGAGUAAAAUGGAUGAUGCCUCAAAGAUUUCGUUUCUUAUUUGCUCGUAUUUUAAUACACUGCCAGCCAGUUUUACCAGAAAAAUUGUGGGAAACCUAUCAAGAUGCACUAUCAGAAGAUUUUUCUCGAAAUCAUCAGAAAAACAUUGCUCAUCAAAUGGCAUACUCUGAUAUAAAUAGAAUAUUGAAUAAUGAAGGUAAAAGUUUAACUGACUUUCCGUCGAUGCCACCAUUAUUAGUAAAUAAUAUAAAUGAAGAAAUUACAUCAUUGCAGGAAAUGGCAGACAGAGGUCAGGAAAAAUAUAAUAACUUGAAUACUUUACAAAAAAAAAUAGUUGAUUUAGUUAACAAUGCUGUUACGGAUGAAAACUAUAACGGCCCAACUUGUAUUUUUAUGGAAGGACCUGGCGGAUCAGGAAAAACGUACGUUUAUGAAACUAUGUACGAUUUACUUACAUCUAAAAAUGUAGAAGUAUGUACCAUGGCUUUUACUGGUAUAGCUGCUACUUUACUUCCAAAUGGAAAAACAUGUCAUAAAAUAUUUGGUUUACCAGUACCCAUGUUUAAUGAUUCUACUUCGCAUAUCAAAGCGCAAUCUAAAGAGGCUGAAAAAUUUAGAAAAAUAAAAGUAUUUAUCUGGGAUGAAGCUCCAAUGGCUCCUAGAUACGCUUUGGAUAUUGCAAAUAAACUGUUGCAAUAUAUUAUGGGAAAUAAUUUACCAUUUGGAGGCAAAAUAAUGGUUUUAGAUGGAGAUUUUAAACAACUAUUACCUAUCAAAGUAAGAGGGACAAGAAAUGAAACUUUAAACCUAUCAAUAAAAUAUAGUUCAACAUGGCCAUAUUUUAAAAUAUUUAAAUUGACUACUAACAUGAGAGUUUUACCAAAUGAAAUUGAAUUUUCUAAUUUUUUAUUAGAUAUUGGAAAUGGUACAUUGACUGAUAAGGAUGAUUUUAUCGAUGUUCCUCAACAUUGCAUAUUAUCAUCUACAACAAAAAUUACUGAAGGUAUUUUUGGUGAUCUUAUUCGCGACAAAAAAUAUGAUGAAAUGAGUAGUUGUGCAAUAUUAUCGGCUAGAAAUGAAGAUGUUGACAAAAUUAAUAUACAAAUAACCAAUUUAUUAGAUCCAACUAAUGAACGUUUAUACACUGCAAUUGAUAGUGUUGUAAAUAAUAAUAAUGGUGAAAUGGAUGAAAUAAUUAUGCCUGAAUAUCUCAAUUCGCUAAAUCCAUCAUGCUUACCGCCUUACAAAUUAAAUUUAAAAAUAAAUUGUAUUGUAAUGUUAAUUAGAAACAUAAGUAUUAAUGAAGGAUUAUGCAAUGGCACAAGAUUACAAAUCAUAGAUUUAUCAAAUCAUCUAUUGAAAUGCAAAAUUUUAACAGAUUAUAAGAUGCCUGUUAACAGAGAAGGUCGUGUAGUUGAUUAUACGACAAGUGAGGAAAUACAUGAUCUUAUGGAAGGUGGUAAUGACUAUUGUGUGGAGUUUACUGGCUACUUGCUCGAAGUUUUUGGUCGCACCAAAGUAGGAAAGAACGAAGAGUACGACUUAUUCAAGGCUGUCAUUACCAAUGGACAUUUGAGAAUAAUGUUACUCAUUUGGAACACAGGAGUGAUAGACAAGUUGACUCCUGAACUUUUAAAUCAUAGGGUAUCUUAA